UGCUGAUUUAAAUUUUACAACUGCAGGCCGUGCUUGUGAGCAGUUGAUUAAAGCACUUGAUUCAGCCGGAUUUUUUCGAUUCCUAAUUGGCCGUCGGGCGUUUGGAGAAGCGAGGCUUUAACUCAUCUAAGCUAUAUAUAUUGAAUUGCGGGUUACCAAUUUCCAGUGAGAGGGUUGUCACUCCCAAGAGAGCCGACUGCAUGUUUCAGAUUGUUGAAUACAACUGUUACUGGUGCCUCGCUUAUUUUCUCAUCUGGUAAACGCAACUUGAAGCCGCCCUCAUUGCUUUACUUGUUCCGCCUAAGUUGGUAUGGAAAAGCAAAAUUACAUAACUGAACAACCGUCAGCUGUAAUAAUCAGUGCCAGUUUCGGUCCGGAGGCACAGAACUACGUUUGUAGUAUAUGUCUCAACAAGGUGAUUACAACGGUGCAGUACGUUAAUGGCGCAUGUACCUGGCUAGCGUGCACAGGUAUCUUUCUCAUUGGAGGAGUCCUCGGUUGCUGCUUAAUUCCGUUCUUUGUGAACACAUGCAAAGAUGCCAAGCAUAUGUGCCCAGUAUGUAAUACCGAACUUGGUCUAUAUAAACGAUUAUAGCUUGUACUCUGUUACUUUAACUCUUUUUAUUUAACUUUGUAAGCUUCAGUAAUACUGUCCACAUUGUGUAAAUUUCCCUAUCGCCUUACACCUUACAAAAUGUUUUAACUCAUUUUAACUCCUUAGCUGACUGCCAUUUAAUUUUGCUACUGAUCAAGUUGAACUUCAUCGCAUUCAGAAAUGUUCCAUUCAUCCAAAGUACUGUUAAUGUCUACCAUUCAUUCGCAUGUGGCACUUAGAAUACUGUUUUCUUGGAUGGCAUUUUUUUUAUCUCGUUUUUAUCUAAACCUGAGUGAUUUGUAGCAUUUUAUAACUUCCAACUCCUACCCGGUUCAAGUCUAUCAAUAACAAGCAUACUGAUCAAACAUCGCCUAAUCGAUCCGUUUUUC